AUGAAAGUGUGGUCCGGAAGCGUCUCCGCCGGGUCGUUAUUGUUGGAUGGCAUCUGUCUAGUUGAUCCAUCUUCAAGCGGACAAUGCAAGAUAUCGAAGGCCAAGCUCUCCGUUCGCUCCCUGGUCGACCCGACCCUUAUCCCGUUGUUCGCCCUCACAGGACCUGUACUGGAAGUUCACGUCUCAAAUGCCUUCGCUAGAGACUGGAUUAUUAGCAAAGUCUUGAGAAACAUAGCUUCGGACCCAACCUUUUUUCUGGACGAUGACUUCUGCACGACGAAGCAAUGUCCGGUCGGCAUUUUGUUGGUCGUCGAGCAUGCACGAAAUAUUGCGAAUAUACGGAGAGUAACCGAUAUCCUUAUAUAUGGCACUUUAUCGUUGGCUGCUUCCCGUCCACCACAAGCACAAGCUGCGCCCAUAAAGGAACUACGACUUCAUGCGGCUCCAAUAUGUUCCGCUCUUAUCCCAAAAGCCAAUUCACUCCUUUCGCCGUCACUUACAGCAGACUCUGACAACACCGAGACUGCCGAAUAUGCCGAAUUCCUUUCAGAUCCGUUUGCUCCCAGCCCAAAACGAAAGCGCAUAGAUACACUUUUUGAGGCCGCGAAUGAAUAUCACAACAAAGUGCGACGAAAGGGCAUGAUUGCAGUUUCCGAGUAUAUGGAAAAGAGUAGAGAAGUAUCGCCAAUGGUUCAAUUCCCCUAUCUGAAAAUGAAACGGGAAUCACAGAACGAUGCAAAUGCGAUUCCUAGCGCUCAAUCGGGUCACGAGAAGCGGCGACUUAGUACAGCCGGUGGUGUGAAUUCCAGCUUGUCAAGGCAAAUCUCUGCGGCACCUCGCUUGCGCUCAGCGAGUGUAUCAAGUCGGAAGCUUACCCCUUUAUUGUCAGCUCCAGUAAAACCACCGCCGAUACUAGAUAAUGCUUCUGCUGAGACUACAGUAUCCACGAACAAAGCUCUCUUAACUCGAACUAUAUUGACUUGUUUACGUUUAUAUGGUUAUCAUCGAACGACAAACGCAGCUCGAGCAAAAGUAGAAUCUACGUCCGAUGCAACCACGACCACGAAGAAUCCGACCACGGAGCCACUACAAUCUACUGCGGAGGCUGAAGAAGAAGAUGAAUUCAAGACGAUGUAUCACGCAACCUAUCGCGCAUCAACAUUUGCGCUGCGAAAAUAUCUCAAUACCAAAUGUCCUGUGCCCGCAACUAAAUCAGGAUUUGACGCCUCAUCUACUAAACCUUUGGAGGUAGGCACAAUAGCCGUGCCGGUGCUUGACAAGGAGAAAGCCACUGACGUCGUCGACGCGGUGUUGAAAAUCUUCUGUGAAGAACCUGGAUAG